GAUCCCAACUGAAGCCAGGAAAAGAUCUACUUGCGUCUUGUGCCGACUCGAAGAAUUUCCCAUGCAAAGCCUGUGUUCCACAUGCGAUUUACACCGCCGUAUCAAGUCUCUCUCUCUCUCUCUCUCUCUCAUCUUUCUCUCUAUAUAAAACCCUCUCUUUUCUAUCCCUCCAUCUCCACCCACUAAACGCGAAGCCUUCUUCUCCAAGAAGAAGAGGAGGUUUCAGUCGAGAAGAAGAAGAUGAUCGGAGAUGGUUGCGAACCGGAGCUGCAUCUCAGCCUUGGCGGCAGCCAGGAUUGUUCUUCUGCUGAAUCCAGUAGGAUCGGUGGAUCGUCGGCAAACUCAGAACCGAACCACCAGCAGCGGCAACAGCAGAUUACUAUCUUCUACAAUGGUAGGAUUUGCGUCUGCGACGUCACAGAGUUUCAGGCAAGGGCCAUCAUAUCUAUGGCCAAGCGAGAGAUGGAUGACAGAAUGAAGAAGAACCAAUUACACCACCAACAACAACACCAACAUCAACAAAACAAUCACAACAAGUCAUCUCCACCUCAACCUCCAGUAUUCUCUCCUCAGGCCUUGCCACAGACUCUUGACCAAGGGCUAUCGAUGAAACGAUCGUUGCAACGGUUCCUUCAGAAGAGGAAGAUGAGAAUAAAUGCUGCCUCUCCUUACAAUUAUCGACACGAGAUAUUAUUCUCUUCGGCAUCAUAGGUAGCUUGGUCUUUCGUUCCUUAUUUCUCCCUUUAGGGGUUGUCAGAAGUGUUUGAUUUUGGUUUCAUGUAUCUAAAUAUUAUGAGAACCGUAUACUUUCUUUAGUGUAACAUUUUGUGCAUGUUAAAAUCCUUUGGUUGGUUUCAAUAAUGAAUUAUGGUGGAAUUAUCACGA